AUUCAGUUGGCGUUUAUGUCUCCUUGACGUUUCUGGCAUAAGCCCCUGAUUAGACGCGUAACUUUCAAAAUCGUUAGCAAACUUUCUGAUUACAACUUAUUAUCUCAUUCUACUCUACAAAAAGAGCUCCGUUCUGCCAGCCGCUUGCAUAUUUCUGUAAUACUUUGCCUGAAGAAGUUGAAUUCAAAAAAAGAAUAACCUGGGUUUUACCAAAAGAGAUGGAGCAGCCCGAAACGGUUGUAGACAAAGAUGCCGAGAUUAGGAAAUUGCUAGAAGAGAGGCGUGAAGAAAGAAAACAGAAAUUGCUUGCAAGAUUAGGUCGUAACUUGAGUAAUCCUCCUAGUGUUUCAUCCUGGGAGGCACUUACUGGAACUCUGAAAAGCAAAAAGGCACCAACAAAUAUCAACUUAGUAAACCAAAAAGAAACUGUUUCAAUAAAAAAUGAAAAUGCUGCCAGACCAAAAAGUGUUUCAUCUUGGGAAGCACUGAAAGGAUCUUUAAGAAAUAAAACAACAAUGAAAGCUACACCGGUUCAACCAAAUGAAGCAAAUCUUGUCAAACUUCAUGCUAUUACUAAACCAGAGAAAGGUGUAUCAGUGAAACGAACACUGUCCUUUGCCCAAACUGCCACCAGUCUGAAAAGAACAAAUAUUGCCAACAAUGGGGCUACACUAAAACGGUCAACAUCCUUUAAAUCAAUUCCAACCUCAACCAAGAAGCCAGUUGCUCCUCAAGUUUCUCAGUCCACUCGAGUACAGAAACAGAAACUUACAGUUCCAAUUUCUCCAACUUUUAGUAACCGUACAAAGCAACCUCCGGAAGCCAUCAAGCCACAAUCGGUUACAGCUACUAAAUCGGUCAUGGUUUGCAAAAUGCCAGCGAAUAAAGUACCGAAACAAGUUUUGCACAUUGCUUCAUCUUCGCCAAAGACUGUGGACAAUACGGCACAUGUUGGCGCGGUAACUAAGCGCAAGUCUUCUUCUUGGAUGAUACCACUCACGCCAGAGCGGAAGGGUUCUCCUUCAAAGGCUGUCUCAAGCACCCAGCACACACCAAAUAUCAAGCCUUUCGUUCGAAAAUCAUUUAGCGAAGCACGGGCGGUGCCAAUUCGUUCAACACAGAUAAACCGUUCGGUUAGCACAGUUUCGAUGAACCGACCUCCAUCGACUUUCCCUCGCAAGAGCAUCGCUCCGAGUACCCUAGGAAAGGAAAGCAACAGACGUUCAAUUUGGAGCAUCUCCAAAGAACCCUCUGAAAAAGAAAAGGUACAGCAGUGGUUGGAAAAGAGAGGCAGGAGUGUUGCAAGUUGUCGUCACUUGGGAUGUUUAGGUCAUGAACUGAAAGACUUUAAAGUUCCAGAUCAAAAAUCGACUAACGUCAACAAAGGCAUUCGAAUCAACCGACCCACCGAUGAAAAAUCGCACGAGAACGAUGCAAACGAAUACGGUUCUCCGCUACUCAAGCGUAAGUCUUCUGUGAUCAAUACCACGUUCGAAAAGGAAACCGAUGAGGAACGAAUGCUGACACCACCUCCUCCACCAGAUUUUGAUAACAAUGCUGUAGAGGAUGAAGAACAAGUUCCACCUAAUUCCUCUGUUUUAAACGUUACCUUUGAGAAGGAAGAUGACAACCAGGAGGAACACGAUUUGCCGUCGGUGCCACAGGCCAUCGAAGCUGAUUCUGCCAUUCACCAACUUGAAGAAGCCGACAAAUUUCACACCCCAACGGUGGACAAUAAGCGAAAUUCCACUCUGGAUUUGACUGACUUGAAGGAAGGUCGCGUAGAAGCGCUGAUGGAAACCAUUUCGGCUUUAUUCCAAGAGCCUGUCUAUCCUGAAGUGAAAAUCGAAAGUUGGCUAAACCAAUCGGAGGCAGCUUUUCCAGCAGUCAAGACAACCGCACUGUACUGGGAUAUCAAAGCCCGCCUGGAAGAACGACGCGGAAACACUAUGGAGGCCCUUGACAUCUACAGCCAAGCGCUUGAAAGCAAAACCGAGUCCUUGGAUACGAUGAAACAAUUUUUCGACAACUUUUUAUUGCGUAUCGGAUCAAAUAUGCCCACUGGUCAGCGGACGCCACUACUUAAAAGCUUGGGAUUAGAGACUCCCAUGAUACGCCAAAGCCGACGACUUACGGUCCGGCGUCCCCUGUUGGAUUCAGCUCAAGCGUUCAACUCAACCACCGUCAAGUAUGAACUCAAAUUGAAGCAAGUCUUUGAUACCGUCGAUCAACAAUUGCAAGAAAACAACUCGCCCACGCGGAAAAAGAAAGCCAUGAAGACGCCUAUGAAAUUUAAUGCUACUUGUAACACGAUCUCCGUAGCUAGUGAAGGCCCGUUUCAGUUGCUUGCAACCCCAGUGAGGCGUUCCAUGAGACCAAAAUCACAGCGCUCGAUGGUUACACUAGACGAGAAAACCUUCUAUGUGACCGACCUAGAUCAGCUUUCGCCAACCACGAAAGCCAAGGCUGUGCUGAGGGAAAAUAAAGCCUUGGCUUAAGAUCUCUGAUAAUUGGCCAGUAGCCCGCAGUCAAAGCGUAAAAUCUUCCAGUUCUAUCCCAACUUUGCCCCUUUUUUUUUUGUUGUUUUUCUUUUCUUUUUUUCACAGGUCCCAAUUUCGUUGUUUUUUACCGCAUUUCUUUUCUUUCGAUGUAGUUGUCGAGAAUAAUGAUUUUUUUUCCAGCCUCGUUCAUUCUUCAUAAAAGAUCGAUUGCAAAUUCA